AUGUUUACUUUCAACGUGCACGCUGCUUCAUCUAUCACCAAUCCAGACGCUCCAGCACCGAACCUUUCCCAAGUCCAACUUCCUGAAUCUGGGCAACUACUGAGCGAUGUGUUGCAAGGUAACCUUUCUGAUGACACUUUCACUCCAUCUAUCUUGGCCGACCAACGCGCAAACUUGAACAGCUCAUGGUACAAUGUCGAUUGGAAUAAUCGCCCACUCAUGGGUUAUUACGAGCACUCCAAAGACGACGAUGGGAAUCUGUUUACGGAAAGUGGAUGGCCGACAGAGACUUACAUGGAGUUUAAGCAGCUAUAUCGACUUGUCGCUAGUUACGGCACAAUCGCUUCGCAAAUGUCGCUAUAUAACAUCGGGCCGGAUCUGGACUAUGUCUUCCCUCCCGGCACUAUCAUCGACGAAAAGACACCAUCGGUCAGCUCGGAUGGACGAGUGACUUCCGGAUGCUUAUUUUCUUCUUCUGACAACACCAUCACCUCGUCGACAAACUCGUCUUGGGCCCUUGCUGACGUACCACCAAUUGACGUCAGCGCAAACCCAGACUCCUCGUCCACUAUACCCUCCGUUACCAACCUGACCGCCUGCGGUAUAACUCCAUUUCUCAACCAAACCCUUACAAAUACGACUGCGGACAAGAAUCCCUUGCCCUACGCUGCAUACGUACGCUCCACGAUAUGGACGUUCGCGCCUGGCCAACCCCUUAAUUCCUCUGGUGAAGGCGACGAUACCAAUGACAACCGCUGCGUCGUCAUGAUGAUGAAACCACCCUACCCAGGGCGCUGGCGCGUAGAAGACUGCAACCAACACCAUCGUGUAGCCUGCCACGACCCACAACAACCCUACAACUGGCGCAUCUCCGACGACUCCACCUACUACCGUAAUGCUGAGAGCUACUGUUCAGACCCAUACCAAUUCAGCGUCCCACACACCGCGCUAGAAAACUCGCAUUUGUUUUCUGCUUUCCAGGCGGCCGCUCCAAAUGAAGAUGCCCUUUAUCUUAAUCUUAAUGCUUUGAAUGUGCCGGACUGCUGGGUCGUUGGACUCAAUGGGACAUGUCCGUACCUUCCUACGACGGACACAAAUCGUACACGUAUUGUAGUAGUGCCGACAGUAGCCGCUGUAAUCAUUUUCCUACUGGCUGCGCUUACCUUUUUCGUCAAGUGCGCGGCGAAUCGGAGGGAGAACAAGAGGGGAAGAAAGAGGAGGAUGGUUGAUGGUUGGGAGUAUGAAGGUGUUCCUAGUUGA